UUUUAAUUUUGAAAAGUGAGUCAAAUAAAUGUAAGGCAAAAAAGGAACAGAAACAGAAAGUGCAGCAGAAAUUAAAAAAAGAAACAGAAAUAUGUAAAUUACAAAUUUAAUAAAAUUAAAACAGAAACAGAAUUCAAAAGGUGAGAUGAAAUUGUAACUGAAACAGAAACGGAAGCAGAAAUUGAAACAGAACACACAAUUAAAACGAAAGCAGAAACUGAAGCAUAGAAGGAAAUGCACAAAUAAAACCAAAAACAUACUCACAAAUAGAAACAGAAAAUAAAUUAGUAGCUGAAGGCGAAAUGGAAAGAGAAACAGAAGAACACGCAAAAAGGGAAACAAACUAUUUACAUGAAAUAUAUAAUAUAUAGGAGCACCAGUUCCAACAAAAACAAAAACUAUAAUAAAAGAAGUAGUAAUAGCAAGAACACAAAAAGGAACAGACAUUCAUGCAAAGGCAGAAAUUAAAGAAAAAAUAAAAUUUAUGUUGAAAGUGAAAAUAGAGACAACGCUAAAAGUAAAAUUGCAAAAAAUAUAGAGACACAAACGAGAACAGAAUUAGAAACAGAAAUGCAAAGUCGGCAGCAAGCUCCAGCGGCAGGACAACGAGCUGCAGUUUGCAAAGAAAUAAAUGAACUGCAACAACAACAAAAAAUGGUCAUAAACUGUCGAUCUGACGUCGGUUCACAAGCCAAACCCUCUACUCAACAACGUACUGAUGAUUAUUAUGCAAAUCAGCGACAACCCACAACAGCUGUUCUACUUCAAGCCGGUCAAUGCAUAACAGCAGCUGAAAUUUUUGAGCACACUCAAUACCAAUGGACGUCAACUCAUAACCGCAAGCGUGUACCAGCUCCAGCACGUUCUGUGGGUCACUCUGCAGUCCAACCGCGUAACGCACACAAAUCUUUGAACACAAAAUCCCAUCGGUUACAGUUUCGCAAUUGGCGUGAUUGGCUUCUUCGAAGCUCAUUGCCAUCUCCUUGGCGCAGUCGCCUUCCAACAGUAUUAUUAACCUACACACUGCUGUAUUUGCUAAGCGCAAUGCCCCACGUACGUGCCGCUUGCCGAAAAGAGUCCGCUCGCGGUUGCGAGGCCAUUUGUACACCGGACGGCCGCAAUUGUACGUUGCGCGCACUUUUAUUGCUACCCGACGAUGACACCUACAUCGCAUCGAUGCGACGCACAAUGCCAGUGUUGCAUUUGGCCGAUCGGUAUAUACGUGAAAAUAGUUUAUUGCCACCGCAGUUAAAUUUGGAAUGGAUGACGGGCGAUGUGAAAUGUGAUGCAGCAUAUGCCUCCAUUAAGGCCAUGGAUGGCAUCGUAAAGAAUUGUGCACAUGUUGUCUUUGGUCCAGUCUGUGAUUAUGCUUUAGCCGCCGUUAGCCGCAUUGCUAAAUAUUUUAAUAGUAAUGGAACACCUGUCAUAUCCAUAGGGGGUGCCACCGAUAGUUUUGAAGACAAAAAAACAACAUGUGCUGAUGAGUUCUAUAUGCUGGUGCGCCCUGGUGUGCUCAGCUUUAAAAGUCUCUCCCUAAUGAUAAUUGAACUUAUGAAACACUACAAGUGGUCCAACUCCAUAGCAUUCUACGAACGUGAUGGGCAAAGUAAUGCCGUCGGUGAGCAUAGCUGCUAUUUAAUGAUGAAAAGUUUUGGCGAUGAAAUGCGUAAUCUAAAUUUGACAUUUGCACAGUAUUCCAUAGUGCCGGAGCUGCGCAACCGCACCGAGGAGCUAGUACGUGAAAUUGGCAAUAAACACACAAGUAAGUGA